GUCAGAUUGUCCAGUGGGUGGUUUAAGUCAAAAUAGAAAAUAGCAGGACAAGGGAGAAUAUAGUUAAGGAUCACUUAUCCAAUCUAUUAUUUGGUGGGACAUUCCCCCUCUUUAAGAGUUGCGAUCCAAUUAGUAACUACUGUGACAACAUCUCGCACUGACUUGAAGAGAACAGUCCGUGGUUGAGAGAAUACUUUGUGGAACGCAGUAUGAAUAUCUUCUGGUACUUAGUAGGGCUGUUGUUUGUGGCAGCUGGUCUGUCACAGGCUGCAAGCUCCGGAGGAUAUAGACAUACCAGAAACAAAGAAUAUGAACAGUUUUUUAACUCUGGAGCAAAGCCCAGUUUCACUUCUAAUGAAAGAUUACCAAACCAGUUAAAGAAGAACAAAGUGGAAGAGUUGGGUAAUAUAUUAAAACAGCACGUGGCUGCCCUGCGUAGAACGCCUAACAAGCAAGUAGAACUCGUGUUUUUGGUAGACAGUUCGGCUUCUGUAGGGUCAGAAAAUUUUUUUAAUGAACUGAAAUUUGUGAAGAAGCUGCUGGCAGACUUCACUGUUUCCUAUGAAGCCACACGUGUAGCGGUAAUCACCUUCAGCUCACGAGAAAGAGUCGUCAAAGACGUGGAUCAUCUGAGUAAUCCAUCAGAAAACAACCAUAAGUGUGCUUUAUUACGGGACCAAUUACCGAGCAUCAACUAUACAGGAGGGGGAACCUACACCCUGGGAGCUGUUCUGAAAGCACAAGAAGUGUUAAAGUAUGCCCGACCUGAAUCGACAAAAGCGAUUUUCUUGGUCACUGAUGGCUACUCCAAUGGCGGUGAUCCUCGUCCAGCAGCAAAAGAUCUCAGAGACCAAGGUGUCCAAAUUUUCACCUUCGGCAUCAAGAAUGGCAAUGUUCGAGAGCUGCACGACAUGGCCUCAGAACCUUCGAAGGAACAUUGCUACAUCUUGGAUAGUUUUGAGGAAUUUGAAGCUUUAGCACGAAGAGCCCUCCAUGAAGAUCUUCAGAUAGGAAGUUAUCUCCCUCAGAAAUCUGAAGCCUGUUUGCGGCUAUGCCAGGGAGAAUCGAAAUCGUGUUGUGACGCAAGAGCACAAUGCACAUGCGGGACUCACACAGGACAUUACGCUUGCCUCUGCCAACCAGGAUAUUAUGGAACAGGACUUCAAGGCAACUGUGAACCUUGUCCUGAGGGUACUUAUCAUGUUGGGUCUGGUCCAGGAGACAUUUCAUCUUGUCAGUCAUGUCCAGAUGCCCAACAUACUUCUCCAUUGGCUAGCACAAGUCCUAAUCAAUGUACUUGCAAACCUGGAUAUGUAACUAAUGGGAAGAAAUGUGAAGUGAUUGAGUGUCCUCCACUUUCACCUCCUGAACAUGGUUAUUUUGUGAAUGGAAUCUGCAGUUCUGUAAUCCAUGCUGCCUGUGGAAUUCGUUGCGAUUCAGGUUACAAACUAGUUGGAAGCAGUGUCCGCCUUUGCACAGUUGAUGGGACAUGGAGUGGGACAAAUGUUAGGUGUGAAAAGAAAACAUGUUCAUCACUUAGUGCCCCACAUCAUGGCAGUGUUCUCUGCACUACAGACAGCAAUGUGUUUGAGACCAAAUGUCACUUCAGUUGUGACCCUGGAUACAAGUUAGUGGGAUCUAAAAUUCGAACCUGUUUAGCCAUUGCUCUCUGGGAUGGUCUUCCAGCUCUUUGUAGACCGGUAGACUGUCCUCCUCUGUCACCAAUUUUUAAUGGUCAUGUGUCUCCUGCCAAAUGUACUGAAAGCAAAAUGAGGUAUGGAGAUGUUUGUAUAUACACCUGUAAACCAGGAUUUGUUGUACGGGGUCCUGCAACCAGACGUUGUGAAGAUCAGGGAGUUUGGGGAAAUGAAGAGAAAAAAACAGUUUGUAUAGAUGUCGAGCCUCCUGUCCUGAGAUGUCCAGAAGACAUUGUAGUUGAUGCUGAAGAAAAUGAGAGAGAUUAUAUGGUAACUUGGAAUGUACCUCAAGGUAUUGACAACAGUGGAGAGAUUCCUUCAGUCUCUGUUCUUCCAGCUGUUAUUCCUCCACGUCGUUUUGCCAUUGGUACUGCAACUAUCACUUACACUGCAGAAGAUAGAAGUCACAAUACUGCAUCAUGCAGUUUUAUGGUUACAGUUCGUGAUGUACAACCUCCAACAAUUGACAAGUGUGUAUCACCUCCAAAAUUCCUUUCCCGUGAAGCUCCAGUUACAGUAUUUUGGGAAGAACCAAUUUUUUCUGAUAAUUCUGGAAGUCCUGUAAAUAUAAGACGUUCCCACAGUCCAGGACUUUUCCCUUUGGGAGAAACAGUGGUAACAUAUGAAGCAGUUGAUGAAGCAGGCAAUAACAACACUUGUAAUCUAACCAUCACAGUUCAAGAGCAUGCCUGUUCCAUUCCCUCUGAUCCUGUGAAUGGAAAAGCAAACUGCACAGAAUCAGACUCUGGUGUCAAUUGUUCAUUGUCUUGUGAGGAAGGAUAUGCAUUUGUAACUUCCCCACCAUACAAUUACUUUUGUGCAUAUGAUGGUGUGUGGUUACCACGUGACAGGUUUCCUUUCCCUGAUUGUGCAGUUACUCAGCUCUCCAAUGCUAUAUCACAGACUGGUAUUAUUACUAUCAGUUCUGAUGGUGGAGAUUGUGAUGAUCAGUUCCUUUUAAACCAGGUGAAAUCUCAUUUACACAGAAAAAUUGAAAAGAAGGUGGCUAGUCUGUGUAAAGAAAAUAUGCUCUGUAAUGUCAACAACUUUGCAACAAUGUGUGAUAAUACAUUUGAAGAAACUGAGGAAGAAACCAAUGCCAUUAUAUCACGAAAGAAAAGAAAUGCAGUUUUUCUUACUAAAACAGGAGAUGCUUAUCCAGUAUUUCAUAGAUAUCAAAGGGAAAUCUCUCAGGGUCAAAGAGGAGGACAUAACUCACUGUUUACCAAGAACAACUUUAGCUCUAACAUGCAAACCAAAAAGCUAACCCAUCGAUAUUCACGAGCUAGCCAGAAUGAUCUCAGAGAACAUCAUCCACUACAAAACUUGGAGGAUGAAGACCAUUAUCCUCAGUAUGAACUAGAUCCAUUAGGCCAAGAUAAAGAAUUAUGGAAUAACAUGUUUACAGAGGGUCCAAAAUAUUCUGUGUCUUCUGAUCACCAAGAAAAAGAGAUGAAUUUGCCAGUUGGAAAUAUUAGAGGGCUAAGAAUUGAUACAGAAAAACACAAAUUAACAAACAAGCAUUCUUAUAGGGAGCAUUCACCAGAAGUUCAAAGCCUCAAAAAGAAACUUGACUUACAGUUUAAAAUAUUAGGAAAAUUGCCUACAAAGUUCUUUUUAGAUAGCCAAGAAGAGUUACUUAAAAGCAUGGAAGAAAUAAUGAAAGAGCUACAACAAGCAGCUCGAGAAGGAGAAUUUGACAUCACAUUAGGAAAUAAAAAAAUGGAAAUAGAACGCUUAAUUUUUUCAGAGAAAGAUCCAUUUUUCACUUGUGAUCUUGGUAGUAUUCCUCAAGGAGAAAAAUGUCUUCAAUGUCCAGUUGGAACAUAUUUCAAUGUGGUAUCUGAAAACUGUGAAGCUUGUAUGCAAGGAACUUACCAGUUUAAAGAGGGCCAGUUGUCAUGUGUUGUGUGCCCUGAAAGAACUUCCACAGAAACAGAUCAAUCUAAAAGUCUAGGAGAGUGUAAAGCCCAAUGUUUACCUGGCAGUUUCUCAUUAACGGGACUAGAAGUGUGUGAGACCUGUCCCUUAGGUUUCUACCAACCCAAGUAUGCCCAAAUGCAUUGCAUUCCUUGUCCUAAUGACACAACUACUUGGCGUAGAGGAGCAAGAAAACAAGAAGAAUGUAAAGAACAAUGUGCACCAGGAGAAGUGUCUGAUACAGGCUUGAAGCCUUGUUUUCCUUGUCCAAAUGGCUAUUACCAGGCCAAAAAAGGGCAAGCAGCUUGUUUUCAGUGCCCAGAAGAUGGAAAAACAAGAAGAAGAGGAGCAACUUCUGCUGAAGAAUGUGAAAGUAAAAGUAAUGAAGUGGAAGACAGUAGUCAGUCUGAACCAAAACUGUUACCAGUGAAUGAUUGCUUUUCAGUGCCUUGUCUGAAUGGAGGCUCCUGCCAGUCACUGAACUUUAGUUAUUUGUGUCAAUGUAAACCUGGCUAUAAAGGAAUCCAUUGUGAGGAAGAGAUUGAUGAAUGUAAAAGCAAUCCCUGUCAGAAUAAUGGAACAUGCGAAGAUUUUUUGAAUGGAUUCAAAUGUGUCUGUCCUGAUGGCUUCACUGGGAAUACAUGUGAAGAAGACAUUGAUGAAUGUGAGAACAAUCCUUGUUAUAACAGAGCCACAUGUGUUGAUGAAAUCAGUAGCUUUUCCUGCUUAUGUUCAAAUGGCUUUGCAGGACCACUGUGUCAGUACAACAUUGAUGAAUGUAUGAGCAGUCCCUGUCAGAAUGGAGCUGUGUGCCAGGACAUGGUAGCUAACUACAGUUGUGAGUGUCAUCAUGGAUACAGUGGCCAAAACUGUGAAAUAAAUAUUGAUGACUGUGCUGUAUUACCUUGUAAGAAUAAUGCCACUUGUAUAGAUGGGAUUGGAAGCUUUAGUUGUGAGUGUCUGCCAGGCUUUCAUGGAACUUUCUGUGAGAAAGACACUAAUGAGUGCUUAUCUCAGCCAUGUAUGAAUGGAGCUACAUGUUUAGACCAGAUCGCAGGGUUUAUUUGUCUGUGCGCACCUUCCUUUUCUGGCCAACUGUGUGAAACAGAGCUUUCAGGAAAUUUCUUUCUUCAUUUCCCAUUUUCUGGGACACUGGACUUUGUACAAUUAGAAGGUCUACGUCAGACAUUAGACCAUGUGACCAUGUGCAUGUGGAUGAAAACUAAUGACACUCGGAACUAUGGUACUCCUCUGUCAUAUGCUGAUGACACAGCAGACAAUCUGCUGACAUUAACAGACUACAGUGGAUUUGUUUUUUAUGUUAACAUGGAUAAAGUAGUCACUGAUGUCACAGCUAAUGAUGGCUUGUGGCAUCACAUAUGCACCACUUGGUCAUCUCCAAAUGGGGCUUGGGCUAUUUACAAAGAUGGAGAACUUGCUGACAGUGGCACUGACUUGGCAACUGGAACAUAUCUUCCUGCUGAUGGAGUGAUCAUUUUGGGGCAAGAGCAAGACAGACGAGGAGCAGGAUUUAGCACUCCUGAGUCUUUUAUUGGAACAAUAACACAGUUAAAUAUCUGGAAUUAUACUUUAACUGUGUCAGAAUUGUCCAAAAUUCUGUCACGUUGUGACAAUUAUAAAGGCAAUGUGCGAGCUUGGCCAGAUUUUCUGGGUGGUUUGAAAGGAAUGGUUAAGCUUCAGGAUUCCAACUUCUGUCAAGGUUGUAAACAUCCUGACUCCCUGGAACAUGGAGAGAUUUCCGUUAGUGGUGUGAAGACUGCAGCAGUUGCAAGUUACAUGUGUAUACCAGGAUUUGAUUUAAUAGGACCAAAAACAAGAAAAUGCAUGGUGUAUGGAGACUGGUCAAUUGGAGAACCUGCCUGUUACAGAGUGAACUGUGGGUUUCCUAAUUCCUUGAGUAAUGGAUAUGUAAGUGGAAAACAUUAUCUCUAUGGGGAUACUGUUCAGUAUAACUGUAAUCCCGGUUAUCGGCUGGUUGGAGAAGCAAUACAGACGUGUCAGGCAGAUGGAUCAUGGAGUGACAAGAAAACAGUUUGUGAACAAAUUCUGUGCAAGAAUCCUGGUCAGUUGGAGAAUGGAAAAGUGGUUAUUCUUAAAGAUAAAUAUAUCCCAGGAGACUAUGUUCAGUUCCAGUGUGAUGAUGGCUUUCGUUUGCAAGGUGUCAGCAUAUUAAAGUGUCAAGAAAAUGGAAAAUGGAAUGGUGCUAUUCCUGUUUGUCAACCCAAGUCUUGUGAGUCUCCCCCUCAUGUGUCCAAUGGGUACGUUGUUGGUCCUCAGCAUGAUUUUGAUAUUGGUAAUAUUGUAAGAUAUCAAUGUAAACCUGGUUAUCAGUUGAUGAACACUGAUCAAAUGCGCUGUGCCCUUCGAAAUCAGUGGGAAGGUGAACUUCCCCUUUGUCAGCGAAUUGAUUGUGGGACACCUCCAGAAAUAGAACAUGCAACAUUUGAAGGCAGUGAUUUUAAGUUUGAAGCCAGUGUUACCUAUCGUUGUAAUAGUGGAUACAAAAUGAGGAAUGGAGAAAAACUUCAUUGUCUUGCCAACGGAAUCUGGGGAGGCAGUGAACAGCCAAUAUGUACACCAAUCAGCUGUGGAUACCUUCCUCGCCCUGCACAUGGAGAUGUUGAUGUUCUUGACUAUCUGUAUGGAAGUGUAGCUAAAUACUUCUGUAAUGUUGGCUAUGAACUUCAGGGAGUGCGUUCAAGAAAAUGCAGAGCAACAGGUGUUUGGAGUGGUGAACAACCAAGAUGUGUCCCUGUUAGUUGCAGUCAGCCAGAGUCUAUAGCCAAUGGCAGGUAUUCUGGAAGCGAUUGGACAGUAGGCAAUGUGGUGAAAUACAGUUGUAACUUAGGCUACAUUUUGGUUGGGGAAUCAGAUCGUGUUUGUCUGGAGACAGGAAGGUGGCUGCAUGAGGUGCCAAUGUGUGAGCCAAUAGAAUGUAAGCCUCCAGAACCAGUGGACCAUGCCACAAUGAAGGGAAGUGACUUUCAUGUUGGUCAUCGAGUGGAAUAUACAUGUAAUAUGGGCUAUCGUCUGAUUGGUCAAAAUACUAGAGUAUGUAUGGAAGAAGGCCAGUGGGGACCAGAGCCUCCAGUUUGCAAGCCUGUGUCAUGUGGAGAACCACCUCUGGUUGAAAAUGGAAAGAUAGAAGGGGAGUCAUAUAAAUACGGUGAUUUUGUUCGUUACAUCUGUCCUAAAGGGUUUCGCCUACAAGGAAAAAAUGUUCGGAUGUGCCAAGCCAAUGGUUACUGGGAAGGAAAAGAACCUCAUUGUGAAAUAAUUAUGUGUCCUGAACCUAAUGUUGUUCCUUUUGCAAAUAAGCUUUUCACGAAUACCAGAUAUGGCUCAGUUGUGGAGUAUUAUUGUGAAGAAGGAUAUCAGCUGCAUGGUCCUGUACAGCGUAUUUGCCAGGAGGAUGGCAGAUGGUCUGACAUAGAACCAAUCUGCAAGCAGAUCAGGUGUUCAAAGUUGCUUCCAGUGGACAAUGGGGAAAUAGUAGCACCAGAUACUACAUACAGUAGCACUGCUGUAUAUACUUGCCAAGUUGGAUAUGAAUUGGAUGGACCAAAAGAACGAAUCUGUCAACAAGAUGGUCUAUGGAGUGGAUCAGAACCAUGUUGUAAGCCAGUGCGUUGUUCAGUGGAGAAUGUACAGAUACCUAAUGGAAGAAUUAUUGGAGAAAACUAUCUGAUGGGGUCAUCUAUACAAUAUGUUUGUGAUACUGGCUUUGAGUUAGCAGGAGUUUCUUCACGUACCUGUCAGGAAGACAAAACUUGGGAUGGAGAAAAACCAAUUUGCAUAAGGAUUACUUGUUCCCAGCCAGUUGAUCCAACUAAUGGCCAAGUGUAUGGUGACCACCACAGGUAUGGUGAUAAAGUGCAGUAUGCAUGUGACAAUGGAUUCAGACUUGAGGGAGUGAUUGAAAGAACUUGCUUACCAGAUGGGACUUGGAGUGGUGAUAAACCUCAGUGUCAUCCUGUCUCGUGUCCAGAAAUCAGAGGUCCCAUUAAUGGUCACGUACGUUUCACUGGAUUACAUUACAGAGAUCAGGCUCAUUACCAGUGUCAGGAGGGAUACCACCUAGUAGGGCAACAUAUAAGGAUAUGUUCAGCAGACCAGUCUUGGACUGGUGAAAAUCCCAAGUGUGAAGAAAUUCAGUGUGUACAACCACCAGACAUUCCACAUGCUCACUAUCAGACAGUAAACUUCCCUGUUGGUUUUCUUCUUCACUAUGUUUGUGACAAAGGUUUCAAGCUAUUAGCUUCUUAUUCUAGCCCAUUAAUGUGUAACAGAGAAGGAAAGUGGGAAGGCACUUUUCCUAUUUGUGAGCCUGUAGUUUGCCCAACCCCUCCAUCUGUAUUGUUUGGUAAAAUUAUAGGAGAAGAUUACAAAUUUGGAAGCAAAAUCCAAUAUUUGUGUGAUUCUGGCUGGGAGCUCAUUGGGGAUUCUAUUCUAGAAUGUAAUGAGAAUGAAGAAUGGAGUGGACACUUUCCUAAAUGUAUUGGUACUACUUGUCCACGACCAGAGAACAUACCCCAUGGUCAAAUCAUUGCUACAGACUACCAUUAUAGAACAACUAUUACAUAUGUUUGUGACAGAGGCUAUGUACUGGUUGGGGAGUCUAAUCGUACCUGCCAGAUUGACAACACUUGGAGCAGUGAAACUCCAAGAUGUAAACCUAUUCUUUGCCCCAAACCACUGACCAUACAGUUUGGUGAAUGGUAUGGGAGAGACUUUCAUUACCAGGCGAAUGUGACAUACACUUGUGACAGGGGAUACCAACUGCAUGGGUAUAAUAUUUUACAGUGCAAAGAGGAUGGGUUAUGGUCUUCAAAACCUCCAGUUUGUGAGGAAGUUUCCUGUCCAAUUCCAAGUUCACUUCAGCAUGGUGAUAUUGUGGUCUUGGCAAAACCUACAUUUUCGAAUACACAGCCUCUGGAGAGAGCAGAAUUGUCAGUCAACAGACCACGAGGGGAUAUCACUGUGGAUAGCCGCAUGAUCCUAGAAGAAUCAAGAACAGAUGUUUUUCACUAUGGUGAUAGAGUUCUUUACAGAUGUAAACCUGGAUAUGUGUUGGAUGGUGACAGAGUUUUAACCUGUAAAGAAGAUGGGACAUGGACAGGUGGACCAGCUACUUGCAGACCAGUUUCUUGUGCUCCGCCUACAUUACUACAGCAUGGUGAGACACAGUUUACCAGUACAGUAUUUCAAAGUCGUGUAAAAUAUGCCUGUGCCACAGGAUUUCGUCUAAUAGGUCCACCUUUGAGAGAAUGUUUGGCUAAUGGCUCCUGGUCAUUUAGCCAGCCCACCUGUCAGCCAAUUUUGUGUCCUAAACCUCAAGUCAUCUCACAUGGAGAAGUAACAUGGACCUCUCUAGGGUUUGGAGCAACAUCUACAUACAAAUGCAACUCUGCCUACCGUAUAGUAGGUAAUGUCAGUCGUACAUGCACUCAAGAAGGGUCUUGGAGUGGUAAGGAACCAGUUUGCAUAGCAGUUAAGUGUAAGCCCCUUAAUAAUCCAGAACAUGGUCAGAUCAUCUUAAAUGAACUAAUUGUUGGAUCUUCUGCAACUUACCAGUGUAAUGUAGGUUAUCAGCUAGUUGGACCAUCUUUGCGCACUUGUCUUAUGGACCAACAGUGGACCCAUCAUGAACCUAGUUGUGAGGCUAUUUUUUGUCCCAAACCAUCAGAAUUAGAAAAUGGACGUGCCAUAGUAGAUGAUCUAAAGUUUAACUCUGUAGUAGAAUAUGUUUGCAAUAAAGGAUAUGAAUUACAUGGUCUAGGAAAAAGAAUCUGUCAAGCAAAUAAAACCUGGAGCCAUAAUAAGCCACACUGUAUCCCAGUUGAAUGUCCUCAUCCAUCUAACCCAGAAAAUGGCCAUACAAUUGGAAGAGAUCUUAGAUUUGGAUCUGUAAUUGAAUAUGUUUGUAAUCAAGGAUAUUACCUAAACGGUUCAGCAAAGAGAACUUGUUUAGAAGAUAAAACUUGGAACAAAGAUAAACCACUCUGUAUUCCAGUUAAGUGUCCACAUCCAUCACAUCCAAGAAAUGGACAUGUAGUCGUUAGAAGUCUUAGAUUUGGCUCUGUAAUUGAGUAUUUUUGUAACAAAGGAUAUGAUCUACAUGGUCCAUCAAAAAGAACCUGUCAGGCAGAUAAAACGUGGGACAAAGAUAAUCCACAGUGUAUUCCCAUUGAAUGUUCUCGUCCAUUUGAUCUACAGAAUGGUCGAGCUGUUGUAGAUGAUUUUAGGUUGGGGUCAGUAGUUGAGUAUUUUUGUAAUAAAGGAUAUGACUUGAGUGGUCCAACAAAAAGAACUUGUCAAGCAGAUAGAACCUGGAGUGAAGAUAAUCCACAGUGUCUUCCAAUUGAAUGUCCUCGGCCAUUAAAUCCAACAAAUGGUCAUGUACUGAUAAAAUAUCUAACAUUUGGGUCUAUAAUUGAGUAUUCUUGUCAUCAAGGGUAUGAACUACAUGGUUCACGAAAAAGAACUUGUCUAGCAGAUAAGACAUGGAGCAACAACCUCCCAUAUUGUACACCUGUUGAAUGUCCUCACCCAUCUGAUCCAGAAAAUGGACACACAGUUGUUAAAGAUCUCAAAUUUGAUUCUGAAAUUGUGUAUGUCUGCAACCAAGGAUAUAAGCUACUUGGUCCUUCUAAACGUACAUGCUUAGCAAAUAAAACUUGGAGUAAAAACAAUCCACAAUGCAUUCCUGUUGAAUGUCCUCAUCCAUCUGAUCCUGAAAAUGGUCAUGUAUUUGUAAGAGGCCUUAGUUUUGGAUCUGUGAUUGAAUAUGAAUGUAAACAAGGAUAUGUACUACUUGGUCAGACAAAAAGAACAUGCCAGGCAGAUAAAUUGUGGAGUGGGAACAAUCCACAGUGUAUUCCAAUUCAAUGUCCUUAUCCAUCUGAUCCAGAAAAUGGUCGUGUUUUUAUAAGAGAACUGAUAUAUGGGUCUGUAAUCGAAUAUAUUUGUAAUCAAGGAUAUCAAAUACUUGGUCCACGUAAAAGAACUUGUCAGGCAGAUAAAACUUGGAGCACUGAUAAUCCACGAUGUGUUCCACUUGAAUGUCCUCAUCCACCUGAUCCAGAAAAUGGCCAUACAAUAAUAAGAAAUCUUCUCUUUGGGUCUUUUAUAGACUAUAUUUGUAAGGAAGGAUAUGAACUACAUGGUGCAAAAAAAAGAACUUGUCUAGCAAAUAAAACUUGGAGCGAUAAGGAACCAAUUUGUGAACCAGUUGAAUGUCCUUAUCCAGCUGAUCCAGAAAAUGGUCACGUUAUUUUAAAGGAAAACAGAUUCAAGUCUGAAAUUGAGUAUGUUUGUAACAAAGGAUAUGAACUACUUGGACCAUUUAGAAGAACCUGUCAAGCUGAUAAAACUUGGAGCCUAGAAAAUCCAAUUUGUUCUCUAGUGGAAUGUCCACAUCCACCUGAUCCAGAAAAUGGUCUUGCAAUUGUAAGAGAUAUUACAUUUGGAUCUGUAAUUGAGUAUGUAUGUAACCAAGGGUAUGAACUGCUUGGUCCAGCAAAAAGAACCUGUCUAGCUGAUCAAACCUGGAGCAAAGAUAACCCACGUUGUAUUCUGGUAGAAUGUUCACGUCCUUUUGAUCCAGAAAAUGGUCAUUCAUUCGUAACAGAUCUAAAAUAUGGGUCUGUAGUGGAGUAUAAAUGUAAUCAAGGCUAUGAACUACAUGGUCCAGCAAAAAGAACCUGUCUAGGGGAUAAAACAUGGAGCAAGGACAGCCCACAGUGUGUGCUAGUAGAAUGUAGUUAUCCAUCUGACUUAGAAAAUGGGCAUCUAAUUUUAAAAGAUCUUAAGUUUGGAUCUGUAGUAAAGUUUGUUUGUAAGAAGGGAUAUGAACUUCAAGGAACCAAAGAGAGAACUUGUCUAGCAGACAAAACAUGGAGCGAAAACAACCCUCUCUGUGUACUUAUACAAUGUCCUCAUCCACCUGAUAUAGAAUAUGGUAAUAUAAUUGUCAGAGAUGUCAAAGUCAACUCAACAAUCAAGUAUAUUUGUAAUAAAGGCUAUGAACUUAAUGGUCCAAAAGAGAGAACCUGUUUAGAAGAUAGAACUUGGAGCAAUGAUGAACCAAGAUGUUUCCCAGUUAAAUGUCCACAUCUUCCUCACCUGGAUAAUGGAAAUACAAUUCUUAAAAAUCUUACAUUUGGUUCUGAAGUAAAAUUUGUCUGUAGCCAAGGAUAUGAACUUCAUGGCUCAAUAAAACGAACUUGUCAGGCUGACAAAACUUGGAGCAAUGAAAUGCCACAUUGCUCUCCGAUUGAAUGUCCUCAACCUUUUAAUCCAGAAAAUGGUCGUGUAACUGUGAAAGAUCUUAUAUUUGGUUCUACAAUAGAAUAUAUGUGUAAUGAAGGAUAUCAACUUUAUGGCCCAGUAAAGGUAUCUUGUCAGGCUGAUAAAACUUGGAGCAUGAAAAUGCCACAUUGCUCUCCUAUUGAAUGUCCUCAUCCUCCUGAUCCAGAAAAUGGUCAUGCAUUUGUAAAAGAUCUCGUUUUUGGUUCAGUAGUGAAAUAUGUUUGUAAUGAAGGAUAUGAGCUACAGGGAUUGAUCAGAAGAAAAUGUCAAGCAGAUAAAACCUGGAAUGAAAACACACCCCAAUGUAUUCCCAUUCAAUGUCCACAUCCUUCUAAUCCAGAAAAUGGCCAUGUAAUUGUGAAAGACCUCAAGUUUGGCUCAGUAGUGCAAUAUAUUUGCAAUGUGGGAUAUGAACUUGAGGGACCAGAAAAGAGAACGUGCCAAAUUAAUAAGACCUGGAGUAAAGAAAACCCCUUUUGUACUCCAGUUAAAUGUCCUCACCCUCCACCACCAGAACAUGGAAUGGCAUUUCCAAGUGCUAGCAUUUUUGGUAGCAAGGUUCAGUAUGCUUGCUGGGAAGGAUAUGAACUUCAAGGAUCUGGGGAGAGGACAUGUCAGGCAAAUGGCACGUGGAGUCAUGAAGCUCCCAGCUGUAAUAUUAUCUCAUGCUCACCAAUUGUGUCUUUAAGCAAUGGGCAAGUUCAUGGAUCUGAUUUUAUGUUAAAUGCAGUCAUCAAAUUUGGAUGUGAUCCAGGCUACAAACUUGAAGGAGUAGAUAAAAUUAUGUGUAGACCAAAUAAAACAUGGUCCGAUUCAAUACCAACUUGUCAUCGCUAUCUCUGUGAUGAACUAGAUCCUGUAGAACAUGCAUUAGUAGAGAAGGGGCCUUACCAACUUGGUAGUGUUGUAAAAUACAAGUGUGAGACUGGAUAUGAACUGGUGGGUAAAGCAAGAAGAAAGUGUAAAAAAAAUGGCAAGUGGGAUGGAGAGCCUCCUUUAUGUAUCUUGGUUGAUUGUGGACCUCCUCCUUUCCCUCCGCACUCUCGAUUAUACUUUCUUGACUCUAAGCGACCUCAACACAAGUAUGGAAGUUCUGUAUUAUAUGGUUGUGAGGAUAGAUAUGAAUUGCAAGGUGGAAAUGUAUUGGUAUGCGAGUCCAAUGGGAAGUGGAUAGGUAGCCGUCCAAAAUGUGUUGGUGUUCCGUGUGGUCCACCACCAACUCUUCAUCAUGCAACAAUCCAUGUUGAACAUAAAGAUGGUUUUACAGAAGUGACAUAUGAGUGUAAUGAUGGGUAUACAGUUCAUGGACAAAAGACCCAUCAGUGCAUGAGUGGGAAAGAGUGGAAAGUUCAAAAUAUUUCUUGUGUAAAAGUUUCGUGCGGUAUCCCUCCUACUGUGGAAUAUGGCCAGGUUGAGGCCCCUAACUCUGAAUAUGGUAGUUCUGCUGUAUAUAGCUGCCAACGAGGUUUCAUUAGAGAAGGGAAACCUAGUGUAGUAUGUAACAAGCAUGGAGAAUGGCAUGGUGAGCUCCCCAAGUGUGUACCAGUCUCUUGCCCAAAGCCAAUUGCCCCAGAUAAUGGAGUUGUGGAGGGUGAAUAUUUUACCUAUCAGAAUGUUGUGCUGUAUAGAUGUCUAGAUGGUUAUCAACAUUUUGGUCAAAAUACAAGCUUUUGCCAAGAAGAUGGCACCUGGAGUGGAGAGACACCCGUCUGUCUGCGUGUUUUCUGUGAGCCACUAAAACCACCUGAGAAUGGUUUCAUUCUUCAAGAUGAAUCUGGCAGUCAUUUUGGAGCACGAGUAAAGUUUUUAUGCAAAGAAGGCUACAUACUUUAUGGUUCGGAAACUUCGCAGUGUCUUGCUGAUGGGACAUGGAACAAAGAAUUACCAGUGUGUAAAGUGGUUACCUGUCCACCUCCACGCUUUCCAGCACAUAUCAUUCCAUUGGAAUAUAAGGAGGACUUCACGUACAAGGAUAAAGUAACUUUCCAUUGUAAACCUGGUUAUAGGGCAACAAAAGAACUGACUGUUUACUGUCAGGCUGAUGGAUCUUGGACUGAUCACUUUGGUGGCUGUAAACGUGUUGCCUGUGGCCGCCCUCAAGUCACUGAUGGAGCUAUUGUGCUUGGUGCUUCCUACUUCUAUCGAGAUCGGGUGGUCAUCAGCUGCCCUCCAGGAAGUCAACUGAAUGGUUCAACCAUCCUGACUUGUCUUGGUGAUGGUACUUGGAGUGGAAAUCCAAACUGUGUUGCACUAUGCUCCCAGCCUUGCCAGAAUGGUGGCCGAUGUGUACCUCCAGGGGUUUGUAGCUGCCCACCAGGAUAUGUUGGAGAAUUCUGUCAACAAGCUGUGUGUAUCUUGCCUUGCUUGAAUGGAGGAACAUGUAUAGGGCCUUACAUGUGCCAGUGCAGACAAGGUUUUACUGGCAGUCGCUGCGAAAGAGCCAUUUGUGAACCAUCUUGCCAGAAUGGAGGGAAGUGUGUUGAACCAGGAGUUUGUCGAUGUCCGCGUAUAUUCUCUGGGGCUAGAUGUGAAUACAGGUCAGGAGAAUAUUGGGAGCCAGAUGAUUUUGACAACAUUGCCUUGGUUAGAGACUGAGCAUCAGAUGCUGAGUGUUUAUUCUAAUCAUUCUGAAACCUGUGAUGUUUAAAUAUUCUUUGUCACCUCUUAGCUUUUUUUGUAGUCCUUCUACACACAUAUAACUUUAAAAUUAAACUUGAGUUCUUACCUUUGUUUUUACUACAUUUUUCCAGUCAUUGAAAGUUAGUUUACCAACAUGAGCCCUACACUGUAUAAUUUGAGUGUAAAUAAAAUAUUCUGUCUUCAUAUAGAUGUAGGAAAUAAGAAUGUCAUUACCUACAAUGUAACAGUUUUGUAUUCCAAAUGGGUUAAUAAAUGCAUUAAGUACAAUAGUUAGUGACUUUAAUCACUGAAACAAAGUGAAUAUAUAUAAUAUAUUAUAUUAUAUUUGUUAUACAACUUCUUUUUUUUAAUUUUUAUUUUAAAAAUAAAAUAUGCAAUACUCAAGUAGAGGUUUGAGAUCAAUUCUGACAGGAAGAAGUUUGAUUUUGUUAUCCUAUACAAACUUCAAUUAUAAAUGUAAGAAAAGUCGUAUUAAACCAUAUAUAAAAAAAAAAGAACAAAAUUGUUAUCUUGUCUAUAAAUUAUUAUGAUUCAUAAGACCACAUGGUCAUUCUCAAUAAUACAACUCUUUUGAUCUACAUUAUGAUAAUACUUAACAUUUGUUUAGAGGAUGUUUGGCAAAUUCCAACUUGGGAAGAACUCUAGUGUCAUGGUUACUAGAGCCUUCUUAAGGAUAAAACAUCAUAUCACUGUAGACUUAUCUAGCUUAAAAUUUGCUUGGUUAAUGUACUGGAUAAUAUAUUUUACAUAAUCCAUGAGAUUUUAUUCAUGGCCAAACAAUAAAUCAAUAUAUCACACUUGAUCUAGAUAAAUAACAAAACAAAGUAAAUAAUAAUCUGAGCCCUUAUGCAAGUAAACAUUCACAAUUCACUCCUUAAGAAGGAGGUCUAAUUUUUAAAAUUUCUUAUUUUGUAAUUCAGCUGAAAAUACUUAUCUUGCAAUAUUUUGUUCCAGAUGAUUAUAUGUUUCUUGGUUAUUUCAAUCAGUAAUGCAUAAAUCAAUAUGAUGACCUUGAAUAUUAUAUUCAUUUGGUUCUGUACUGAGCAAUAAGUCAAUAUAAUUGAAGAUAUCCUUAUUGAUUUCUGUAUAAUGUAUUAAAAUGUUCUAGAUUAUAAGGUAGAUGUAUUACUUGGUCUUACUUAGCAUUAUGAUGGUGAUGUGUUUCUUAGUAACUGCUGAGCAAUAAGAAAAAAACCUGAUAAAACCCAAGUGGUUUUUACAGAUGAAGGUGUCUUCUUCAGGAGUAAAGAAAAAAUGGUAUAAUGAAGUGUAAAAUGUGGAAAUAAACUGAAACACAAGAAGUAAA